GCUGAGGUGGAGGAAACAUUGAAGCGAAUUCAGAGUCAAAAGGGAGUCCAAGGGAUCAUUAUUGUGAAUUCAGAAGGAUAGAUUGAGUUGAGGCUGAAAGAGAGAACAUCUCCAUACAAAAAUUCAGUCUACAUUGAGCCAUGUUAGCCAAUGUGUGCAAAAGGACUGUUGACUGCUAAUUUUAGAGCACUAUCGUAUUUGUAAAACAGGUAUCCCCAUCAAAAGCACCAUGGACAACUCCUCCACAGUGCAGUAUGCAGGUUCAAUGCACAACUUAAUAAUGAAGGCAAGGGGCACUGUCAGAGACAUAGAUCCCCAGAAUGAUCUUACAUUCCUGCGGAUUCGCUCCAAGAAAAAUGAGAUCAUGGUUGCACCAGAUAAGGACUAUUUCCUGAUUGUCGUUCAGAAUCCAACAGAAUGAAAGCUUACCCAACUGGCCUGCAUUCCUUUACUUAAUUGUAUAUUUUUAUUUAACACUGGUAAUUAUUGUCCAUGGUAAUGUCUGAGAUUCCUUUCUUAGUGUACUAAAGAUUUAAGGAGUCUGUUCAAAUUACUCAAGGGUUACUCCUUGGAGGAGACAAAACAUGAAACCAAAAAGAGGAUCAAAGAUGGAUGGUUUCUUUAGCAAAUAUAUAACUGAAUAACUUUGUUCUAAACACUUGUAAUAACUGUAAAUCUCUUUUGUCUUCCUUUUAUUUUGCACUUGUUUCUUUUAAAGCAAAUUAAAAUGAUCAAGCAAA